AUGAAUGACUAUCAAUUAAAAAAUGCUAAUGAUGUUUUAUCUGAUGAAGUUAAUCACAAAUCAGAACAAAAUCCUAUGAGUCUCAGUACAAAUGAUAUUUUUGACAUGGAAUCUUAUUGUACAGAUAAGUGUAAUAAAACUACCAAUGAUAUGGUGUACUCAUCAUUGACAACUGUAUCGUAUGAUACUUACCGUUUACUAAAUGAUUCAGAAUAUGGAAUGCGUUCUUUACCAUCAACUAAUUCACGUUCGUAUGCAAAACAAUUGAUGAUUGAUCUUUUUCCAGUUCUGGGAAUGAAGAGGAAAACAGUUAGUUAUUUCCAGAAAACUUCAUCUUCGAUUACACUUACAGAGGCAUCUCGAAAUCAGUAUAAUGAUUUAUGGGUUGGUUCAUUGAAUCUCCGGAGAACUGCAAAACCAAACCUAGAAAAUGAAUAUCACUUGGAAAAUUCAUUGAAAUUGUCAAUUUUAGAAGCAAGGGAUAUACCUGCAAAACGCAGUUAUUACUGUGAUAUUUCUUUGGAUGGAACACUUUAUGCACGUACAACUAGUAAGACAGCUGUAUCUGGAAUAUUUUGGGCCGAAGAUUUCGAUCUAAACAAUCUUCCAAAUGUCUCUAUGAUGACAAUUAGUUUAUAUCGAGAUGGUGGAUCAGUCAGCAAAGAUGGAAGACGAGUAAGAACAUCGAAGAUAAGCUUAAAGAAAUAUAGAAAAGUUCAAAAUCAACUAAUUGGUUAUAUUACAAUACAUGUAUCUGAAAUCUCCAGUCGUACAGAUAUUCAAGCUUGGUUAACUCUUCAGCCACCAUCAGUUGAGAAUACUUCAAGUCAAGAUAAUCUCCACAAUCAUCUUGGUGCAAUAGUUUAUUCAAAUUCAAAUCGUUUCGGAAAGUUGAAUUCCGGAAAAGCAAUCCAUGCUGAUUCUUCAUCUUUGAAUACAUUCAAUAAUUCUUCCGGUAAUAAUAAUAAUAACCACCAUGGAACUAUAGACCAGAGAAAUUUCCCACAAAUUCGUAUACGUGCACGAUACCAGUCACUUGGAAUAUUACCAUUAUGUAAUUAUUGGCCAUUGAGAACACUUAUAUUAAAAAACAGUUUAUUACUUACUAAUUGGUUGGAAUCUUUGCUAGCUGUGAAAUUCAAAGAGGAGAUUGCCAACUCACUAGUCUAUUUGCAUGAACAUAAUAAUACACUGAUUGACUUUCUUACUAGUUUAGUUGUUCGAGAAGUCUCUAAUCUGGAAAAUGAAUCCAUGGCAUUUAGAUCGAACACGAUAGCAACGAAGGCGGUGGAAUGUUAUGUUAAAUUUGUUGGUUCAUCAUAUCUACAUCAUCUACUUCAUCUUUUAAUACAACACGUACUGACAUGUUUCACAUCAUGGGAGGUGGACCCAGAGAAACUGUCAUCAUCUCAGUGUAGUGGUGGUACACUGACUUCAUCAGAUACAACUGAGUUUGCCUUAUCUCCGGGGAAUAUGCUUAAAUGUUUUAGACCAAUUAUAUUUGGCAGUUUAAUAGCCAACCAAAUAAUGCUAUUACGAUAUUUCGAUGUUGUCUGGCGGUCUAUACAAUCAAGCUUGGAUUAUUUCCCGAGUGAACUUAUUCAGUUAUUCAGUUCAUUUCGUAAAGCACUGGAAAAGCUACGUGGAUCAGAAUUUUGUGAUAAUUUAAUAUCUGGUUGUAUUUUUCUACGUCUUAUAUGUCCAGCAUUACUUUCACCUUCAUUAUUUGGUUUAAUUAGUGCUUUUCCAAGUGAGCCAGCUUGUCAACGAAAUCUUACACUGUUAGCUAAAUCCUUACAAUCACUGGCCAAUUUCAGUACAUUCGACGAUAAGGAACCAUAUAUGAGAUUUUUAAACGGUUAUGUUACAUGUCAGUUAUCAAAUAUGAGAUUCUUUAUCCGAUCAAUAUCAUCACGUACACUGAAUCAUGAUAAUGGCAAUGUUGACGACGUUGUCGGUACUGCUACAACAACAACAACUGCUGCUGUUCCUGUUACUGAUACUGAUUGUGUAACACUAUUGCCAAAAAGUUGUCGUCAGCAGACAUCAUCUCAUCAUCAUCAAUAA